AUGUCACACAGAAAGUUCGAAGCUCCACGUCACGGUUCUUUGGGUUUCCUCCCAAGAAAGAGAGCCGCCAGACACCAAGGUAAGAUUAAGUCAUUCCCAAAGGAUGACCGUACCAAGCCAGUCCACUUGACUGCCUUUAUGGGAUACAAGGCUGGUAUGACCCACAUCGUUCGUGAUUUGGAAAAGCCAGGUUCAAAGAUGCACAAGAAGGAAGUCGUCGAGGCUGUCACCAUCUUGGAGUGCCCACCAAUGUACAUUGUUGGUUUGGUUGGUUACUUGGAAACCGCUCAAGGUCUUCGUCCAUACAAGACCGUCUGGGCUCAACAUUUGUCCAACGAAUUCCGUAGACGUUUCUACAAACAAUGGUACAAGUCUGCCAACCACCUCGUUUUCACCAAGUACACCAAGAAGUACGAAAACGACAAGAAGUCCAUCGAUGGUGCCAUCGCUGCCAUCAAGAGAAAGUGCACUGUCAUCCGUGCCAUCGCUCACACUCAAGUCCACAAAUUGAACUUGGGUCAAAAGAAGGCUGAAGUCGUCGAAAUCCAAGUCAACGGUGGUUCCAUCGCCGACAAGGUCAACUGGGUUGUUGAGAACUUUGAAAAGACCGUCACCGUCGAGUCUGUCUUUGCCGAAAACGAGAUGAUCGAUAUCAUCGGUGUCACCAAGGGUAAGGGAUUCAAUGGUGUCAUCAAGAGAUGGGGUGUCCGUAAGCUCCCACGUAAGACUCACAAGGGUCUCCGUAAGGUUGCCUGUAUUGGAGCUUGGCAUCCAUCCCGUGUCUCAACCGCCGUCCCACGUGCUGGUCAAUUAGGUUACCACCACCGUGUUGAGACCAACAAGAAGAUCUACCGUAUCGGUAAGGCUCAACCAGCCACCGGAACCUCCAUUCCAACCGGUGCCACUGAAUUCGAUAUCACCCAUAAGACCAUUACCCCAAUGGGUGGUUUCGUCCACUACGGUGUUGUCAAGCACGAGUUCCUCAUGAUCAAGGGUUGUGUUACUGGUCCACGUAAGAGAGUUUUGACCCUCAGAAAGUCACUCCAUGCCGCCACCUCACGUCCAGCUCUCGAGAAGGUCGUUUUGAAAUUUAUUGACACAUCAUCCAAGUUCGGUCAUGGUAGAUUCCAAACUUCCGAUGAGAAGAGCAAGGUUAUGGGUCCAAUGAAGAAGCAAAAGACCGCCGCCAAGAAGAACUAA